CCAGGGGGCAGUAAGGUGUUCCAGAGGAUUUAGAUUUGACCGCAGAAGAAGAAAACCCGGAAGAUCUUUCCAGUCUGUGCUGUAGUGAUCUGUAAUCUCUGCAAGUGUCGUCCCCCCAGCUGUCCGCUUCACUCCGUCCAGACGUCAUGGAGGCCUCAGGAGGAAGGGAGAGUCCGGAACCAUCCGGUGCAGCAGCGGCAGUAGCCAGCUUCUCCGGCCUCCUCCCCAAACCCAAGCUCAGCGCCGCACAGCUGGAUGCCCAGCUGCAGGACGCGGUCCGCCUCAAAGCCGAGGGGAACGGCUUCUACCGGGGGAGGAGGGUCCGCUCGGCCAUCGGCUCGUACCACCGGGCGCUGCUGCUGCUGAGGAGCCUGGACUCGGACGUCACCGCGGGGAUCAAAGGCUUUGGGACGGAGGUGCCCGUCCUGACGCCGGCACAGGACGAGCUGCUGAGGGACACGCAGGUGGACUGCUACAAUAACCUGGCAGCAUGUUUGCUCCAGAAACAAAGUGUGGAUUACACCCGUGUCCAAGAGUACAGCCUGCGCGUGUUGCAGAGACGACCGGAGGACCCCAAAGCGCUUUACAGGGCUGGGGUCGCCACGCUGGAGCUGGGCGAUGCACACACUGCCAAGCAGUACCUCACCAAGGCCUGCAGGGGGCAGCCUAACGAUGCAAAUGUGAAGAAGUAUCUGCUGAAGGUAGAUGAGAAGCUAAAGUCAGAGCUACAGAAGGAGAAGGCGAUGUACCGGGGAAUGUUCUCCUCCAGCUCCAAGGGGGAAGAGUCAAGUUAGGCCAGCGGCUAGGCCCUUACCAGCCAACCCUCCCCAACCCACGGAACCACGAGCCCAGGAUCCAGAGACAGUCGGAGUGGAGCUGAUCUCAAGGUGCCUCACCUGGCUAAUAAACAAUGAACAGAUCACACGCACGGCGUCUCCGUGAUGUUGUGGGUGAGGCACUGGUUGGAGCACGAAUGAACAAGGUCGUAGGGCGCAUGGUAAUCUGAACAGUGGAGAUUCAAGAUGACAGCAGGUGCGUGCAACGUGCCGGCCACACUGAACACAUGCCCACGGUGGAAAUGUGGUUAAACAUUGUUAGUGUUUUCGGUAUAGAGUUGUAGAAGGUGGUCUGUACUAUUGGACCGGCACCCCAGGGCCGUUCACUGCACUCUUAUGCCUUCGUCAAUGUGUUCUUUGGUCAAUUUCACGACGUGUUGCUUUAAUCUGUUGGUUUUUUGUUUGAUUCAAUAAAUACUUUUUGUAGUUUGCCAAA